AUUCAGGAACAAAAGGUUAAUAGGCAGCAGCAUCCUUAGAGUUUGCUUAGCUUACUUUCCAAACACUUCCUCAACACAACCAAAUCACAUAUUUCUUCUUCUUGAUCAUCACCAUGGCCCCUGAAGUACCCGCCGGAGUCUUUUCCUGUACAGGAAAGGUUGCUACACUAAACACCGGCUACUCAAAGAGGGCCUUUGUGACAUUUUUAGCUGGUACUGGUGAUUAUGUCAAAGGGGUUGUUGGAUUGGCUAAGGGGUUGAGAAAGGCCAAGAGUGCAUACCCUCUGGUGGUUGCAAUCUUGCCUGACGUCCCCGAAGAGCACCGCGAGAUCUUGAGGUCUCAAGGCUGCAUCGUUCGUGAGAUUGAGCCAAUCUAUCCACCUGCAAACCAGAUUGAAUUCGCUUUGGCUUACUAUGUCAUCAACUACUCCAAGCUUCGCAUUUGGAAUUUUGAGGAGUACAGCAAGAUGGUGUAUCUGGAUGCAGACAUCCUAGUGUUCGAUAACAUAGACCACCUCUUCGACACACCGGACGGCUACUUCUACGCCGUGAUGGACUGCUUCUGCGAGAAGACAUGGAACCACUCGAGACAGUUCUCCAUCGGAUACUGCCAGCAAUGUCCCGAUAAGGUCACCUGGCCCGCCGAGAUGGGGUCUCCUCCUCCCUUGUACUUCAACGCUGGCAUGUUCGUUUUCGAGCCUAGUCCUUUGACCUUCGAAAGCCUUCUCCAAACUCUCCAGAUCACCCCACCAACCCCCUUCGCUGAGCAAGAUUUCUUGAAUAUGUUCUUUGAGAAGACCUACAAACCAAUCCCUCUUUCAUAUAACCUUGUUCUAGCAAAUUUAUGGCGCCACCCAGAGAACGUGGACCUCGACCAAGUUAAGGUUGUCCACUAUUGUGCUGAUGGAUCAAAACCAUGGAGGUUCACAGGCAAAGAAGCUAACAUGGAGAGAGAGGACAUAAAGAUGUUAGUGCAAAAAUGGUGGGAUGUCUACAACGAUGAGUCACUGGAUUUCAAUGCCGAGAACUCAUCGGCUACAGAGGCAGCAGAGACGUUCUCAAAACCUUCGAUCAUGGCGUCCAUGCCCGAGCCUGUCAUCUCCUUCAUUCCUGCACCCUCUGCUGCUUAAUUAUUUAAAGGGUCUACCAAGAGAAGAUAAAGUUGGGCGUGAGAUAUCUAAUAGUGUGUCUGUGUAUGUGUAUCUUUUUAGGCUAAUAAAAGGGCCAUAAUAUUGUUUGUUAUGGGGAAGAAUUAAUAGAUACUGCAUAUAAAAGUUUUGCUGAUGUUAACCCAAGAAACACCUUGAAGGAGCAAAAUGUAAAUCUUCUGCUUUGGAGAUUAUAUAUACGUACAUACAUAUAUAUAUGAACAAUGGAAAAUUAUGUA